UGAAAUCACUUCUUUGUUACAUAUCUUACAAUGUCGAAGAAUUCAACCGCCGCUGGUUAUGGAACGCUCCCCACCAGCAAUCCACCCGCCGGUUAUGGAACGCUCCCCACCAGCAAUCCACCCGCCGGUUACGGAACGCUCCCCACCAGCAAUCCAGCCGCCGGUUACGGAACGCUCCCCACCAGCACCGCCACCGGUGACAUACUGCCACCGUCAACACCGAACGCGUUGAUUGCACGCGCCAGGCACCACACGGAGGACUUUAUAUCCAGGCGUCGACCAUGGCGGGAGCUUUUCGAUUACAAGGCGGUUACUUGGCCGCAAAGCUACAGCGACGCUACACGUCGAAUCAAACAGAAUCUUAACUACUUUCGGGUGAAUUACGCGAUGGUGACGCUUCUCAUACUCUUUCUGAGUCUUAUUUAUCAACCGAUUUCGAUGAUUACGUUUUUGGUCGUGUUCGUUGGUUGGUUUUUCCUUUACUUCUUCCGUGAUCCACGUAGUCCGGUUGUGAUUCUCGGCUACGUGUUUGAUGACCGUGUUGUGCUCAUGGCGCUGAGUUUGUUGACGGUGUUUGCCUUGGCUUGCACCGAUGUGGGAGUGAUUCUACUAGUGGCUAUAGGCCUUGGGGCGGGUGUUGUGGUGAUACACGCGGGAAUCAGGAGCACGGAUGACUUGUUUCUCGAGGAACCGGAGGUUACCGAUGGGGGUUUGGUUUCGGUUGUUGGUGACAAGUAGUUUAUAUAAACGAGCGACGGUUUAAAUUUAUCAAAUCAAAGCAAAUUGUGGGAAGAUCACAAGGGACAUUAGUGUUGUUUUUUCAUAAGGUUGAAAUCAAUUUCCAUUGAUCUUGUAGGCUGCAGUUUUGCUGUAUAGUUGGUGAGGAUCCCUUUUUCUCAUUUGGUUUAUUUGAUAUUUUUGCUAUUAUUGGGUCUAUUUGCAAAAUUUAUUGAAACUUGAAGCUUGAAUUUC